UAAUUACAUGCGCAUACUACAUCUGAAUUCGUGCAGAAACAUCGCAUGUACAGAUCCACCUGUGUGAUAGUGGCGUUAAUUAAAAACACCACUGAACACUAAUUUACGUGACGUUAAACCAUAUAAGGAAGGCCAUUACUGCGAAAGGUGCUUGCAGGAUCCCUCUAUUAUUAUUAAUUAUUAUUGCUUACGCAGUACAGCGUACGGAGUACUCCGUACUUGGCUCAUAAACCUAUUAUUAUUAUUAGGCCACUGUGGCACAAGAGCUCAAUCCCCACUAGCGCCAUGGUGGUAAAGAGGGGACGACGAAUCACUCAAUCCAAUCCCUCCAACAGAUUUAAUGCAGAGCGAGGGGAGGGGCCUGGGGGCUGCAAGAAGAUUAUUGAUUUCAUACUGUGCAUAUACGGAUCUUACAAUUCAGUAGGGGUGCGCCUAUCAAAAAGAAUAGGUGUAGUAUAAAAAUCCCUAACCUAUAUUAAUAAAUUUAACUUCAUUAAUUUGAUAAUUAAAUGGUUAUUGUGGGGGGUUAAUAACAUCGAAUUUGUCUACGCCGUACAAGGGUCCGACCACCGACCAGGGAACGUUGGGUUCUGCCUGGCUGAGAGGGGUUGGUUAAAUAUCCCGCCAGAGGCCCGACCGCCGUCUCCCCCCCAAAACAAAGACCGACUUAGCUGCCGGAUUCCGUCUUAAUCAACCAACUGCUCACAUUGCCAACAACUCGCAACUGCAUAUCUACCAGCCUAGCCUACCUAUCCACCGUUUUAGCCACAAACGACUUCUGACGUGAACCCUUCAACACUCACGCUUCACAACAUCCAAGACCCUUCCGAGACUCCUCCUGUUGCUGAACUGAGAAUGUCAUCUCACAUUGCUGAAAUUGAAGACCUGCGUCGUCGUCUUGAAGAAGAAAGGCGAGGACGCGAGCAAGAAAAGCGUGAGAGAGCGCAAGAGAAGGAACGAGCUGAUAGAAAUGAGCAUGAGAGAACGCAAGAAAAGGAACGAGCUGAUAGAGAAAAGCGUGAGAGAGCGCAAGAGAAGGAACGAGCUGAUAGAAAUGAGCGUGAGAGAGCGCAAGAGAAGGAACGAGCUGAUAGAAAUGAGCGUGAGAGAGCGCAAGAGAAGGAACGAGCUGAUAGAGAAGAGCGUGGGAGGAUGCGACUGGAAGCAGAUCAAUCACCAACGGCGUUCUUGGUGUAUCUUCAGCAUGUCAAGGAAAAACUGCUUUCUACCUUUUCAGUUGAGCCUGAUCCUACCAAAACAUCCUCGGGCUCUGUUACGAAUGUCCAUGGGAAAUACUAUCCGCAGCAACUCCGCAAAUGGGCUGACUUUAACAAAAACCAUAAUCGCAUGUUCAAUCAGUUUACUGAAGUGUUUUCCAAUGAUCCGCUUUUUCCCCCCAAGACAGAUGUACAGGGGGUUAGUCGAGACCUUUCUCCAGGAUCAAGAAAGGACGAACAAGAUAUUCGGCCAUUUGUUCGCAGUUCUAUGGAGAAACCUGCCGAGCGUCUGGUUCAGGCAUAUCUAAGGCAGAUCAAAGAUACACGGACGGCUAAUUUCUUGUUUCAGAAUAAUGCCUACAGUCUUUCCAGCAAGCAUAUUACAGACCUGACAGAUGCCGAUGCGAUUGAAAACCAAGACGCAGUCCCUCCUAGCAAGAAGAGAUCCGUCGAGCGAGAUGUCAGAGGAGUCCCGGAUCGCUGGGGCAUUCGUGGACUUCCCAGUGGAGAUGAGCUCACAGUCUUUGUGGGAGAAUACAAGGCUGCACACAAGCUACCCUCUAGCGCGUUCGAUCGCGUCUUUUCGUCUACGGGCGAGAGUCUCUUCUUCGACACACUGAAGCGACUCUCCUUACCGUUUGUUGAUACAAACAAAGAAGAGCGCGUAGUAGCGCAAGUGCUCUGUCAAACUUUCGACUAUAUGAUUAAUGCUGGCCUUCUAUAUGGAUAUGUUACAUCUGGGCAGGCUCUAGUUUUUUUGAUGCUUGAGAAAAGUGACCCGCAGAUCCUAUAUUAUCACGUUAGCGCUGUACCAGACUGCGUCGACGACUCUCUUCUCAAUGACUUUGAUGUACGAUAUGGCCCCGUUUCUCAGCUCUCGACAUUCGUGAUGUUAUCACUGGAAUCAGCGCCGCAAUCUCCCCAAUGGAUAGAAAAUGCCAAAUCCCAGCUCUAUCAGUGGCCGAUCUUACCUGAAAAUCUGAUCUUGAGAAGUCGAUCACUGCGUCCCGAAACAGCACCCAGUAGCAGUAGCGAUGAGGAACUUGAAGAUAAAAAAGAUGGCAGUUACCGACCUGGACGCCAACCUCGCAAUCAACAACCUCAUUCGCAGUCAACAGAUCGUACCGAAACGCAGCGACGUCAGUCAUCAAGGACUCAGCACAGAUCUCAAGAGCCAACUCUUUCAUAUUGCACACAAGCCUGCCUUGUUGGGCUUUCACAGGGGCACCCUCUUGAUCAAUUCUGCCCCAACUUUUCCAUUCACCAACGGGGAACAUCUUCUCACAACCAUCUUAUUUCGAAGGAAAAGCUCUGCAUUCUUGUCAACAACCAGCUUGCUCGCAAUCUUGACGAAAACUGCAAAUGCCUUGAUACAAUGGGAAUGUUUGGUGCAGUGGGCGUGCUUUUCAAGAUUACCCUAACUAACUAUGGCUACACUUUUGUCGCUAAAGGUGUACAGGCUGUGGAUGAAAAGGCGAUUUUAAAUGAAGCAAAUGUUUACGCCCAUCUGUGGAAACUGCAAGGGGUGACAAUACCUGUGCACCUUGGCAAUAUCAAGCUUUUGCAGACAUAUCCUCUUGUCAGCACUGCCACGGUCACAUCUAUGAUGCUCAUGUCAUGGGCUGGCAAUAGUCUACACUCUGAGGACUACAAGUCCGAUGUGGACAUUGAAGCUCAGAAGCAGCAAUCUAUCGCGGAGUUAAGUGCUGCAGGUCUUGUACACUAUGACUUGCGGCGGGCCAAUAUGGGUUGGAAUCAGGAGCGACAGCGUGUCAUGGUAUUUGAUUUUGACCAGUCCUCGAUUCAACCUUCACUUUCCGGGAGAAAGAGAGUGGGCGAUGGUGGAGCUAGCUCUGGAUUAGCAAUGAAACGGACAAGAGUCGAUAGAGACAACGCGGACGUUGUUUUUGAUGAAUAUUAA